AUGAAUCAAGAUAACGCCAACUUUUUGCACGUAGUUGGGGAACCAACCUUUGAGGCACUUGCCCGCUACAUUGAGCGGAACAACGUGACGAAGAUUCUUGUCAUGGCUGGAGCUGGCAUAAGCGUCGCGGCGGGAAUUCCUGAUUUCCGCAGCCCUCACACGGGCAUAUACGCAAGGCUGGGGAAGUACAAUCUAAACUCACCGACCGAUGCUUUUUCAAUUACGCUCUUGCGAGAGCGUCCAGAUGUCUUUUACAGUAUUGUGCGUGAGAUGGACCUUUGGCCCGGUCAUUUCUGGCCGACACUUGUGCAUCAUUUUAUCAAACUAUUAGCCGAUGAGGGACGACUGUUGCGUUGUUGUACUCAGAACAUCGAUGGCUUGGAACGGGCUUCGGGUCUUCCAAUGUCGUUUCUCGUGGAGGCACACGGGUCUUUUUCAACCGCCUCGUGCAUUGAGUGUCGUUCCCCAUACGACAUUGAAUUAGCGAGCCGCGAGUCCAGGGAGGGGAAGGUGCCGCAUUGUGAUAGGUGUGGGGGUGUUGUGAAACCGGACGUUGUAUUUUUUGGGGAAAGCCUCCCAGAUGCAUUUUUUAAUGUUUUUGCAGAAAUAACGGAGGUGGAGCUGCUUCUUAUCAUGGGAACGUCACUUCAAGUCCAUCCUUUUGCGGAGCUUGCGGUUAGGGUGCGGCCAGAUGUACCGCGAGUGCUGUUUAAUUUAGAGCGUGUCGGUGGUGCCAUGUUUCGCUUCCCCACGGAUGAGCCGACUCUGAAUUCAUUCAGCAGAAACCACACCGGCAACAGUCACAGUAGCAGCAACAGCAGUAGUAGUAGUAGCAGCAGCAGUAGCGACGGUUACAGUCAGUUCGCAAAUCAUGCUGCCGACGCAGGGGGGAUUUGUCGCGAUAUAUUUUUUCCAGGGGACUGCCAGCUCUCAGUGCGGCGGCUGGCGGAGGCGAUGGGGCUUGGCGAGCGGUUGGCAUUGGCCGUGCGUGAGGGUGAGAAGAAGCGAGAGAGUUAUGGUGCCUGUGAGAGCGGCAACACGCAUCACACACACAUGUACACACUGACAGACCGAAAAUAA